AUGUGCUCCUCUUGUGCGAGCUCCUUUCUGGAUGGACACGCUUUGGAAGUUGGGCUCCCUCUGGGGGACCUGGUGGAUCGUCGGUCAGCCAGUCCAUCGCCCAGCGACGUCGCUCUGGCAUCAGGCCUCCACAGAGCUUCAAGGCAGCAGUGCAACAUAUUCACGCUGUGGGAUUAUCCUCGGGGUCCGCCUUUGUUCAGCGUGCUGAACGUCGAGUCUUGGCGCCGCCACUCUCGCCAGGUGUGCGGGGAGCCGAUCUUGAUAAGCGAUGCCAACGUCAAGGCCUACAUACCCGAUUUGCCGGACGAGUAUUUCCUGGUGGACCAUCCGGCUGCAAAGUCGGACCUCAUCCGCUACGCCCUACUGUACCAUCACGGCGGUAUGUAUAUGGAUGCAGAUUUCUUGGUUGUCCAGGAUCUAGACGCCGUCAUCGCCACCCUUGGCUACGACCUCGUGUCGUACGCCAGCAGUAGCAGCGAGUAUUCCAUGUGCGAGAGAGACUUCAGCUCGAAUUUCAUUGGCGGCCGUAAGGGGAGUAUAUUUCAUCAGCGCGUAUGGGAGGCGCAAAAAACGAUGCUUACAAGCCAUUGUCCCAUUGAUGAUUUACACACGCUAAAAGUAUGCUGCUUCGACAAGCCCAAGGGCCAGAAGUGCCACGUGCCCUGGGCCUACAUCGGCGAGAAAGUAUCGCACCCGCUUCUCGCUGAGCUGCGCUUGGCAGGCCUUGAGGUGAGCUCUUUCUGUUUCCGCGGCGAGAGCUCGUUCGUACCCAGCCAGCUUGGCACGGUCUUCGCUCGCCAUCCUGGGCUCGAUGAGGGGCUCGCCUGGUGGCGCAAGCACAAUGUGCCCCAUCCGCUCGACCGGAUCAUGUACCACCUCUUCAGCGCAAAGUUCAGGUGGCGGGACAUGAAGUGCGCAGGUCUGCUGAAUGAGAGCUCUGUCAUCGGCAGCCUGUACAGGAAAAGCUUCUCCACGGGGGGUGGGGGGGCCGAGGUGCCCCCCGGGAGCCCUGGCGUUCUGGACUUCUACAGGGCGCACCCGGAGUUCGAGUGCGCGGAGGUGGCCACCGUGUGCCACACGGUCCCUGCGCCCGCGGCCGCCGCGAAGCCCCUGGACGAGCUGCUCCGGCAGCAGCCGCCGAGGCCGGCCGCGGCCCCGCCGCGCGCGGGCCAGGCGGUCAUCGGGGCGAGGAGGCGCCGGCCGAAGCAGAGGAGGUGA